AUGCACACUUUCGUCGCCUCAAGCUUGGCUCUCGUAGCUACUGCUCCUUUACUUUCGACGGCAAAGAUUAUCGUCGGACAUGUCGGCCAGGCCAAUAUCACCAUUGGAAGCACAUCCCUUCUCUUGACGGAUACGCAUCGCCAGGAUCCCUAUAUCGACGAUGGAAGAAGCCAAUCCAUUAUGGUAUCCAGCUUCUACCCUGUCUUGAAUUGCCAGAACAAAAGCGUUGAACCAUACAUGCCGCCGCAGACAGCCGCCUUUAUGGACAAGAAGUUUUCCGUUUACGGUCUUCCCAACGGAACAUUUCCAUCGCUGCAGUUAGAAGUAUGCAGCGAGCCAGCGACCGGGGGGUCUUGUUCCACACCAACUCUGCCACUGGUGCUCUUCUCUGGUGCACUAGGCACCAGCCGCUAUCUUUCCAGUGUCAUGCUGCAAAGUGUCGCAUCCUCAGGGUAUCUAGUCGUUUCCAUCGAUCACCCAUACGAUGCCGACAUUGUUGAGUAUCCAAAUGGCACACUCAUCACCGGGGUCGAUAUUCCCGAUGAUAAGAUCAAUCAAACAGUCGCCACACGGGCAGCCGACAUCUCGUUCACCCUCAACAGCCUACGAAAGAGCGGUGUUUCAAAGAAGCUGUUCCCAGCGCAUGACAUCCACCAAUAUGCCACAAAAGUAGCCGUUAUGGGCCACUCCCUCGGGGGUGCAGCUGCAGGGGCUGCAGCUAUGCAAAUGCCUUCUGUAAGCGGUGGCAUCAAUAUCGACGGGACAAUGUUUGGUCCUGUCCUCGAUGAAGGCCUCGAUCGGCCCUUCAUGUUAAUAGGUCAUGAUAACAAGACGCAAGAAACAGACCCCUCGUGGAAGAUAGUAUGGCCAAAGCUGCGAAGCUGGAAAAGGGAGAUUGAAGUGCGCAAGUCGGCGCAUUAUUCAUUCUCUGACAUUCCUAUACUUCUAAGCACGAUGGGGGUAGGAAGCACACAGUUGGCUGGUAUCGGUGAUCUCUUGGGUACGAUUGAAGGGAAGAGAAUGAUGAAGCUUACUACUGCUCAUGUUGUUGCCUUUUUUGACUUCAUACUGAAGUCUCGCAGUCAGCAAGGAUUCGCGGAAGUGGCUAACGAAUUCCCAGAAGCUGUUACCAUCGCUUAGCAACGAUUCCAUCAAACCGGGAAGGAUUGAACUACCCUUGUCCGUUUUGGGAAUUUCUUUAACGUCCAGAACCCUUUCAAAAUACAUGUUAAC